CCUUUAAUUUCUAGCUUCACAUCUACUUAUCAAAAUCAAUGAUGUUCAAGAACUACAAAGACAUUUGCGACGUGGUUUCCUUGCUUGUGCACUGUCCUUCAGAGCGCUCGUUCCUGUUGACCAAAGAGGCAAGUGGCGAGUUCUGGCUGCCUUGCAGCAAGGCAGAAAAGAACUGCUGGAAGAUGACCGCCCACAAAAUAAAUUUUGAGCUGUUCGGAAUGGACGCAACGACUCAUUGCCUGCCGCUCCGCGUGUACAAGAUUUGGAUGCCAAACCAUCCGCAGCAGUGCAUCUACCACGCCAUUUUCAAAGUUGCAGUUAAGUCUGACACCAAGAAACGCACUAAGAUAAAGGGGCUACGCAACCGUUUGCAAUGGUUCAACACGGUGGAACUGGAGCGACAGCGGGCCCAUUCAACGCUGAGGAGUCCAGAGGUGGCUGUUUUCGCGCAAAUGGCCAUGGGCGAUCAACCUAAGGAGGCAGAAACAGUUGAGAUGGAAAGUGGCAUGCUAAUAGAGAUUUGCGAGGAGAACGUGAUCACUGGCAUCGACGGCGCUGGGGCAGCCACAGGCUCUUCCCCCAACUGCCAGCUGUUGCAGGCCGCUAACUAUACUAAAGAAGACCAAAUACGCAUGUACCAAGAGUUUCUGGUGAUGGUAUACCCUGCCCUGUACAUGAGCCCGUAUGUCUUCACCCAGUUCAUGCUGGACCUCGGAUGGCAGCGAGCACAAUGCCCUAGUCUCUUCAGGGCGGCAGACGUGACCGGGCGCGGGGGCCUGUCGUUCGUGGAGCUGGUGCUGUGGAUGGCGGCGUUGGAGCCCGCCACGCAACACAGCGGCGUCCCCGCCGAGAUCCGCUGCCGGUACAUCUUCAGGUACUUCGACAGCAACCGCGACCUGAAGCUGGAGUACGUGGAGUUCAAGGAGCUGGUGGCCGCCGCCCGCGCCGCCCGCCAGCUGCCCGUCGACGCGCUCAGCGUGGCUCGCGAUGCCGACGUCUGCCUGAGGCAGCUGGGCAUCCAGCCGAACUCGCAGCUGCCGCUGGCGGAGUUCCUGCGCGGCGUGGGCGAGCUGCGCCUGCGCGGGACCAGCUCGCUGCUGCGUGCGCCCAAGAGCAUCGCGGGCUACCUCGUCGACCUGCAGGAAAGAGAUCGUGAACUCAGCAUGCGAAAUGCUCAAUCCACUUCAAAAAUACCGCCUCCGCAAAGCACGGCGUGCGCGUUAGCGGAGGGUUCGCACAUGUCGGGCGCGGCGCGGGCGCCGAGCGCGGGCCGACGCGCGCGCGCCGACUACGCCGUGGCCGCCUACACCGUGCGCCUGCGCAAGCGCCCGCCCAACGAGCUUAUCGAGCUCAACCAGUUUGAUGGCGAGUUUCCGGAGGAGGCGGUGAGCGCGUCGACGGCGCGGCUGCUGGCCGGCGCCGGGGCGCCGUCGCUGGACGUGCUGGGCCCCGCCUCGGCGCCGGCGGAGGCCCUGGCCGCCGUGCACUACUUCGCCUCCGCCAUCGAGAAGAACUCGCACAGGCGCGGGUCGGGCGGAGGCUCGCCGCCCACGAAGGCGGCGUGGGCGUGGGCGGGCGCGGGCGAGGAGGCGGCGCUGGGCGCGCUGCUGCUGCGGCUGGCGGAGGCUGUGCGCCCGUUGUGCGCCGCCGAGCCGCGCCUGCUGCGACUCGCCUCGCCGGUCUACGCCGUCGGCGACCUGCACGGCAACCUGGGCGCGCUGCUGGCGCUGGAAGCGGCGCUGUGGCCGGCGGGCACGGCGCUGGCGCCGGCGCGCGUGCUGUUCCUCGGCGACUACGUGGACCGCGGCGCGCACGGCGCCGAGCUCGUGGCCUACCUGCUGGCCGCCAAGCUGCAGCGGCCCGCCGCCGUGCUGCUGGUGCGCGGCAACCACGAGACGCGCGACAUACAGAAGAUGUUCACCUUUUACAACGAGUGCAUCAGCAAGUACGGCGAGACCGAAGGGCCCAAGAUCUGGAACGCCAUCAACCACGUGUUCGACGUGCUGCCGCUGGCGGCAGUCGUUGAUGAUAAGGUGUUCUGCUGCCACGGGGGCAUCCCGCCGCCGUGGGUGUGUCCGCUGAUCUCCGCCAUCGACAAGGUGCCGGUGCCGCUGACGCGUCCCGCGGAGCAGAGCUCCAUCGCGUGGGAACUGCUGUGGAACGACCCCGUCAAGCCGAACAAGAUGACGGCGACGCUAGCGCUGGAGCUGGCCGCCAACGAGGGCUUCGCGGCAAACGCCAAGCGCGGCACCGGCCACGUGUUCGACCAGAGCGCGCUGGACCGCUUCCUGCUGGCCAACCAGCUGUCGCACGUGCUGCGCGCGCACGAGCUGCACCAGUCCGGGUUCAUGUGCCAGCUGCGAGGCCGGCUGGUGUCGGUGUUCUCGUCCAACCGCUACUGCGGCGGCAGCAACGACGCCGGCGUGGCGCUGCUCGAGGACAACAAGCUGCGCCUCAUCCGCGUCAACGUCGAGUGACGCCCUGUACAGGGUGUUAGGUAAAUGGGUAUAUGA